GCCAAUGGGCCUAAGACGAGGAAAACUGGCCACUCCAGCAAUAGACUUUGCAGGCUCCCGGGAGCCAAAGCCUGGAAUCCCGACCACGCGUGCAACCAACCGCCUGGUCCUAUUCCAGGCCGCGAUAAUACCGUGGUGCCUUUUUACAUCGACGCGGACAUCGCCGGGUUUCGUAUAGAGACAUGUCUAUGACACGCGCUUUGCCUGUCCUCGAUAAUUCAAGUUGUACUAGUCACGACAGGCGACGGCUUCUGGUGAACGUAUCCAUAUUGACGCCUCAAGGUUCCUGGACCAAGACACGACAAUGGAUUCAUCAAAUAAUGAUCGAACACUCAUCCGCAAGUUUGAGACUCUGGCCCGCGGCGAUGUGGCCCUCGUCGGAGGAAAGAAUGCCUCCUUGGGCGAGAUGAUUGGCGCCCUCAAGAACAAGGGCAUACCAGUUCCGCCCGGUUUUGCGACAACCUCACAGCUGUACUGGGACUACGUCGACUAUAACGAUAUUCGGGCCCGGUUGUCCGACAUCAUCGGUGAAUGGCAGAGCAACAAGGCAACUCUGGCCGAGACGGGCGCUGCUAUUAGGCGCCUCUUUCUUCGGGGAAGCUGGCCUCCAGGGGCAGCCACCAGCAUCAAAGAGGAGUACCUCGAGCUGGCGCGAGCUGAGGGGAACAUGGACCUCGCUGUCGCAGUGCGAUCCAGUGCAACAGCAGAGGAUCUUCCGGAUGCCAGCUUCGCAGGCCAGCAAGAGUCAUACCUCAACGUCUUCGGGGCGGAUGCGGUCUUGGAUGCCUGCCGGCAGUGCUACGCAUCGCUCUUCACGGAUCGAGCCAUCAGUUACCGACAGUCCAAAGGCUUCGAUCAUAUGAGCGUUGCAUUGUCAAUUGGGGUGCAGCGCAUGGUCCGCUCGAACACUGGCGGCUCUGGCGUCAUGUUCUCCAUCGACACCGAGACUGGCUUUGACAAUGUCGUCCUCAUCAAUGCUGCCUGGGGUCUGGGGGAAAGCGUCGUGCAGGGGACCGUCGAUCCUGACGAAUAUCAGGUCUUCAAGCCUCUGCUGAACAAUCCCAGCCUCAACCCUACGCUGGAGAAGAAAUGCGGCGGAAAGGCGUCAAAGGUGGUCUACGGCAUCAAAGAUACCCCGACACGCACAGUCCCUACCUCAAAGGCGGAACGGGCCAUGUUUGUUCUGGAAGAUGCCGAGAUCUUGCAGCUAAGCAGAUGGGCUUGCAUCAUAGAGAAGCACUAUGGCUGUCCUAUGGACAUUGAAUGGGCCAAGGAUGGCGUCACAGGCGAUCUGUAUAUCGUCCAGGCGCGCCCGGAGACGGUGCGCUCCCGCGACGACACGGCUGUGCUCAAGACAUAUAAUGUCCAAACAAAGGGCCGUGUCCUCGUCACUGGCAGCUCAGUGGGAGACGCCGCUGUGUCUGGUAAUUUGUGUCUAAUCGAGUCAGUCGAAGACAUGGACAGCUUCGUCAAAGGGUCCAUCCUCGUCACCAGGGUCACAGACCCGGAUUGGGUUCCCCUCAUGAAGAGCGCCGCGGCUAUCAUCACCGACCACGGUGGGCGGACUUCUCAUGCGGCCAUUGUCAGUCGUGAGCUGGGGCUGCCAGCUAUCGUUGGCACUGGGAGCGCAACCCACGUGUUGCAUACGGACCAGGUUGUCACGGUGUCUUGUGCUGAGGGCGACGUUGGCUUUGUGUACGAUGGCGCGUCCAAGAUCGCCACUGAGACCGUGGACCUCGCCAAGCUACCUAAAAUCAAGACUCAGAUCAUGCUGAAUCUCGCCAACCCAGCAGCCGCAUACAAGUGGUGGCGGCUGCCCGUCGAUGGCAUCGGCCUCGUCAGGAUGGAGUUUGUCGUUAGUAACGCGAUUCGAGUCCAUCCUAUGGCCUUGGUGCACUUUGAAAAGUUGAAAAGCGAGGUCGAAAAGGAGGAGAUUUCUCGCUUGACGAGCGGGUACGAGAACAAAUGUGACUACUUUGUCGACAAGCUCUCACGAGGCCUCGGUGCGCUGUGCGCUGCUUUCUACCCUAAGCCCGCGAUUAUCCGUCUCAGUGACUUCAAGACCAAUGAGUACGCCGGCCUCAUCGGUGGUUCUGAGUUCGAAACUCUGGAAGACAACCCUAUGAUUGGGUUUCGAGGCGCAUCGCGCUACUACUCGCCGCGCUAUAAAGAAGGAUUCGCCCUCGAAUGUCGCGCGAUCCAGCGACUCCGCGAGCAAAUGGGCUUUACAAACGCCAUCGUCAUGGUCCCCUUCUGUCGAACCGAGAAGGAAGCCAUUCAGGUACUCGACGCCAUGGCCGAGAAUGGCCUCAAACGAGGUGAAUUUGGCCUCCAGGUGUAUGUCAUGUGCGAGAUCCCUUCCAACGUCAUCCUCGCCGGCACCUUUGCCAAAUACUUUGAUGGGUUCUCUAUUGGCUCCAAUGACCUGACUCAGCUUGUUCUCGGCGUGGACCGUGACAACAGCGGCCUGGCCGAUCUUUUUGAUGAGCAGGACGAGGCUGUCAAGUGGAUGCUCCUCCGCGUCAUAUCUGUGGCACGACAGAAGGGCGUCAAGAUUGGCAUAUGCGGGCAAGGGCCGAGUGAUCAUCCCAAAUUCGCUGAGUUCCUCGUUGAGGCUGGGAUUAAUUCGAUCUCUAUCAGCCCCGACAGCUUCGUCGACGUCAUGAAGAAUGUCAUCGAAGGGGAGGCGCAGGUGGCUCGGAGACCCAAUGGGCAUGGCAAGGGGGAUUGAACAGUUGUACCAGGCUUGCUUUUGGUUUUUGCGAGGGCAAAGCAAGAAUGCCCAUUUCUGGGAGGAAGUAUUGUGGUGGUUAGUGUUGAUCAGGCGAUUAAUGACAGGCGCAUGAGGCUGCGAGGUUUGAAUUGGCCUGUUGGACACCUUCAUCCCAAUGGCUAGGGGGGGA